AUGGAUCCCUUUGAUGGCCGUCUGAAGUUUACGGAUCUGCUACGGAGACUCAAUGCGAGUCAACUGUCGGCAGGAAAAUGUGCGAGUUUUGCGAUCAAGCAAAAGCAUCUCGAUGAGGACUUGUUCAGUUGUGUCAUCGAGGAAUUGGAGCAGACAUCCAUGAACGCGCGGGUCAAUAUCCUUUACUUUCUCGAAACGCUAUGCGACGCAUCCGUGAAGGCUGGUGUUCUGAGCUAUCGGAGCUUGCUGGCGAGUAGUAUUGGUGCCAUUGUUGACGCAGUCGCGCCCGAAGGAGCGGCUGGAUCUGCGAACGUUGCCACGGUACGGAAGGUUUUGGCAAAUCUGAGAGUGAAGGGUUAUCUCGAGGAGAACACAUUGGCAGGGGUGGAGACGACCUUGGCAGGACGGGAAGCAAGCCAACCUGUUGCAAUCCCCGGAUCACAAUCAUUCUCAAAGGGAGAGAUCUUACGAAGGAUGGAGGAGGACAGAGAACGACAUAAGCGAUUACGGGAGAACAUCUGGGCAAUACCUCCGCAAAGGUAUCCAGGCGAUGAGAAUGUCGAGUUUGAGCGGGCAUGGGAGCAAACGGCCGAUCUGGACCAGGGCGACUACGAGGAGAUGCGAGAACACAACGCUGCAGCGGAAUCGGCAUACGUGGGAUAACUAUAACUUCACCAUGACGGUGCUAAUAUCCUCUAUACCAUUGCAUUAAUUGUAUUAACGCCAGUCUAGCCAAGCAAAAUGUCAAAAAGAUCUAUGCAAGUCCAAAAG